AGUACAGGGAGUGAGGUCAAAGUUGAGGAUUCACAAAAUGGCGGUUUUUGGAUUUGGUGAGAAACUUUCUUGCUCAAAAUCACGUUUUCUGUGAAAUACCAACGACAGGAGCCGAGAAAUAGGCUUGGUCAGACAAUAGCAGCAACACAUCAUGACCAAGACCAACUCCAAGAAGGACAAAGACAAGGGCCAGGACCCUCUGCUGGCUCGGCCGUACAAAGUCAGUCACCAGACGCUGUGUAUCACCGGGGUGAACUUCAAGCACAGGGCCAUCAUCGGAUAUGUGGAGCUCACUAUCAUUCCUCAGAAAUCGACUCUGUCGCGGGUAAAGCUGAACAGUAAGCAGUGCAGGAUCUACCGAGUUACUGUGAACGGGGCUGAGGCAGCCUUUGACUAUAGUGACCCAACUCUUGAGGUGUGCCAGGGAGACACACGGCAGCGGAAUCUGGACUACUUCUCGACGUGUCACGUCUCGGCGGUGGGUUCUGUGGACUCGGACAUGGGGAAUGGUGAACUCAACAUUCAUGUUCCACAUGAGGUGUACACCAACGUGUCUGAUGGUCGUCCUCUCCAGGUGAGUAUUGAGUUCAGCCUGGAGAAGCCAAAGGGCGGCCUGCAGUUCGUUGUCCCCGACAUGGAAGGAACAAUGGCGGAGCGCGGCGCUCACGUCUUCAGCUACGGCCUGGAGAACUCGUCGCGUCUCUGGUUCCCGUGUGUCGACUCCUACUCCGAACUCUGCACCUGGAAGCUGGAGUUCACCGUCGACGCUGCCAUGACAGCCGUGUCGUGCGGUGACCUUGUGGACACAGUUUUCACCGCCGACUCGAAGAAGAAGACUUUCCACUAUGUGCUGAGUAUCCCGACGUCCGCGCCGAACAUCGCCGUGGCGAUCGGCCCGUUUGAGAUCCUGGUGGAUCCCCACAUGCAUGAGGUGACGUAUUUCUGCCUGCCACACCUCAUGCCUCUCCUGAAGCACACAGCAGACAGCAUCCACCGCAUCCUGGAGUUCUACGAGGAGCUGCUGAGCUGGAGGUAUCCUUACACUUGCUACAAAGCCGUCUUCGUCGACCAGAGCUACGAAAACUCUGGCUCCUUCGCCUCCCUCACUAUCUUCAACACCAACCUUCUGCACACCCCACGGAUCAUCGACCAGACUCCGUACACUCGGCGAGUGAUCGCAUACGCUGUGGCUCAGCAGUUCUUUGGCUGUUAUGUUUGUAUGCACUCCUGGUCGGAUGUUUGGGUGGGGAAGGGCAUCGCUGGUUACCUGCUCGGACAGUACAUCAAGAAGUUCUUUGGGAAGAACGAGUACAGGUACUGGAUACACAGCGAGCAGCAGAAACUGGUUCACUACGAGACAGAGAAGGAGCUGGUAGUACUGCACAGUAAGGACACGAGCGCUAGAGGGCGCUAUUUCCACACACGCCAUCCCCACACCACGUCCUGGAUCCACAGCAAGAUGGCCGCCAAGAAGUCUCACCUGAUCACCCGACUGGUGGAACAGAAGAUCGGCUUUGAGUCGUUGUUACAGGUCUUCAACAAGCUAUUGUCCCUCGCUACAUCAGCAGCCAGUCAGAAGUACAGCCCAACCAACUGGUCCAAUAUGCUAUUGUCAUCUGCCAGCUUCGUCAAACUCAUAUCCACUGUCUCAGGUAAGGACAUCCACCUCCUGUUAGACCAGUGGGUAUAUCAGGGGGGAGUGGUGCAAUUCAGCGGCAGCUUCGUGUUUAACAGGAAACGGAACCUAGUGGAGCUGGAGCUGAACCAGAAAGUGGGAGAACACGGGAUCCAGAAAUAUGUGGGUCCGCUGACCGUCACCAUCCAAGAGCUGGACGGGUCCUUCAACCACUCUGUCCAGAUCGAGGACAACACCACUAGGCAUGAGCUGGUCUGUCAUUCCAAGAGUCGCAGGAACAAGAAGAAGAAGAUCCCCCUUGUGAACGGGGAGGAGGUAGACAUGGACCUGAGCGCCAUGGAUGCAGACUCGCCCGUCCUCUGGAUACGCGUCGACCCUCAGCUGACCCUUGUCAGAAAGGUUGAGUGGCAGCAGCCAGACUUCAUGUGGCAGUACCAGCUGCGUUACGAGCGUGACAUCAUCGCGCAGCACGACUCGAUCAUGGCGCUUGAGCAGUUUCCCACGCCGGCGUCUCGCCUGGCGCUCACCGACAUCCUGGAGAACGAGAGCUGCUUCUACCGCGUACGGAUGGAGGCCGCGUUCUGUCUCAGCAAGGUUGCCAAUGCCAUGGUGAGUUCGUGGAUGGGUCCCCCUGCCAUGAUGUCCAUGUUCAAGCGCAUGUUCUGUACCCAGAUGUACACCAACCUCAUCAAGUGCAACAACUUCUCCAACCUACAGGGUUAUUUCCUGCAGAAGACCAUGCCUGUUGCCAUGGGAGCGGUGCGUGACGCCCACGGUCGCUGCCCGAAGGACGUCCUCCAGUUCAUCCUGCAGCUGAUCAAGUACAACGACAACGGGAAGAACAAGUUCUCCGACAACUACUACCGCGCCUCGCUGAUCGACGCUCUGGCUGCCACGGUGACACCGUCGGUAACCAUGCUGGACACGUCCACGGACUCCAGGACAGAACAGGCUCUGUUACCGGAGACAAAGGCUGUGUUAGAAGACGUUGUGCGACUCCUGAACCUGGAGAAGUUGUUGCCAUGUUACCAGUUCACCAUCACCGUCAGCUGCCUGAAGGCCAUCCGAACCCUACAAAAGAACGGCCACCUGCCCAGCAACGCCGCUCUGUUCAAGAGCUAUGCCGACCCUGGACAGUAUGUCGACGUCCGUCUGGUCGCCAUGGAGAUCUUGACGGAUUUUGUGCAUGUGGACCAGGACGAGGAAGUGCUGGGCUGGCUGCUGGACUAUGUGGAAAUUGACCCCAUCCCGUAUGUUAGACACAAGCUCCUUCAGCUUCUCCUGAAGAAUCCUCCCUUCACCCCCAAGGAAGACUCAAAACUUAACAAGGAGUCGUUGGUGGAGCGUCUGUGGACAACACUGAACACGGGUCUGUCGUACGACGCGAGGCUGCGAUGUGACUUGGUGGACCUGUACUACACCAUGUUUGGUCGGUCGCGCCCGUCGUGUCUCCCCCCGCCAGAGUUCGGGCUACUCGUAAACCUGAAGGAGAAGAAGGCAGCGGCUGUUCUACAAGAGGAUGACAAAACCAGCAGCGGCACAGGGGAAACACAUGGGGUGAAGAGAAAAGCAGAGGCGGAUCCCGUUCCCCCAACAACGCCCCUCUUGACCCCAUCUGACCCCACCCUGGAGGUCCAGCCUCAGGAGGGCAGCAACAAGAUGAGGAUCAAGAUCAAGCUUGGAGGAGGAGGAGGGAAGCCACCAGAAGAGCAGGCAGCAGCCAGUCCUGAGGUGCAGAAACAGCAACAAGAGCAGCCAACGACACCCCAGGUCGGGCUGCCUCCAGAGAUAGCUGCCAACAAAGAUGUGUCAGCGUCCGCAUCCAAACCUAAGUGGGACCAUAAGAAGUCAUCUAACCAACCAUCCCCCCACCCGCACCAGUCCAGCUCCAAGCACCACCACGAACAGUCGUCCUCACACAGACAGAAGAAGAAGAAGAAACACAAGCACAAACACAAGCACAAAUCCAAACAUGGUUCCCAUGACGACAGGGGUCAUAGUAAACCCGUCAAGUCCCCCAGGCCGUGAUUGGUGUUCUCACGCUGGUGCAUGAUGGGAAAGGUGAGGCCUGGGCAGAUUGUACAGUAUUGACGUUGUGUUUGUAAAGUUGUCAGAGAAAUCAAGAACAACAGUUUAACACGGUAGUACUAAAAGAAUGUAGUUUUAAUGCUGUUCAUUCAUUUCCUUCAUCCAUCAUUGUCAUCAAUUUCUGUUAACCGUGUUCAUAAAUCAUUCAUAACUUACACAUACUACAUGACAUUGUACAUUGUUGACUUAUCGCCAAACAAAUCUACUGGCGGCAUGAGAGUAUCCAAAUGACCCAAACAGUAUUCAGUUGGCCAGAGGGUGGCCAGUUUUGGCCCUUUACAUUCACGCUGGCCAAUUGGAUACUUUUUUGGCCUUUUGGAUAACUGUUAAGCUAUUGGUAGACCUGCUUGGAGACAAGUUGUUGACCUGACUGUAAAACAGACCCACACGGUUGUCUGACCACUUGAAUGUGGAACUCUCUGCCAUCUCUGUCGUUUAUUGUAGUAACAAUCACUAUUUCACAAUUACAAACUUAAGAACAUGAUAGAAAAUAAAAAUUUUUAUACAAA